AUGCUGAGGCAAUGCAACUAUGAUCUGGACGAAGUCACUAAUACAUACAUAACUUUACUGGCAGAGGACAUGGCGAAGAAAAGGCCAGGAACUAAACAAAAAAGCCGCUCCUCUUCUGGGCAAGAUCACGCGGCAGAGGUUGAAUUGUUGAAGGAGAGGAUUGAACAACUCGAAGGACAGCUUCGUGAGAAAGAAAUGGAGCUGGAGGAAUCCUGUUCAGCGAAUGAAGACUUGAAAGUUAAGCUGAAGUCAUCGGAAGAAAUGGUUAGGAAACUUCAAAUCAAAGGAACGAAUUUACAACGAGAGAUACAGCAGCUGAAAUCAGUGCCAGAGCCACCGGUCCCUCAACCUGCGGUACAAGUAGUACCUUCACCCAAAGCACCAACGAUUAACAAAGAGACUUGUCGGAAUAUUGCGUCAACAGUUCGAAUAUUUUCUCAGAUGCUGGUUGAAAUAAGAAACUGCUUCACCAGCGAAAUGGAUGGAAUUGCUUCAGUUCUAGAUCAAGCGCAGAGCUCCCUGCUCAAAAUGAAAAACUUAGACCAGGGAUCGAGCAAGGAGGUUAUGGAGCUUCGCGCACUUUAUCAUAAAGAGGUCAUGGAAAGAAAGCUUCUUUACAAUAAGCUUCAAGAAUUACGCGGCAAUAUAAGAGUUUUCUGUAGGUGUCGCUAUGACCCUAAAGGUGACAGUGUUUUUACAUUCUCCACAGAUCAGGACUUGAAUUUAACUUCGGGUACGGGACAAAAAAAGUCGUUCAGAUUUGACAGAGUAUUCACACCAUCUAGCUCACAGGAAGAAGUUUUUCAAGACACUCUUCCACUUAUUACGUCAUGCGUUGACGGGUAUAAUGUCUGCAUUAUGGCCUAUGGCCAGACUGGUAAGCUAAAUAAAAAAUUGUCAGCUCUCUAG